AUGUCAGAAAAGAUUAAAUUACCAAGCAUUACUGAAUUAACCAGUUUUAAUAAUUUAAAAUUACCAAAUGUUCAACAUUUGAAAGUACCAAAUACUUCCCCAUCUUCAUAUUCAUUACAAUCAAAGACUGGAUCAGGAAAUAAUGGAUCAGGAUCUAACAUUCCAAUUAAUGAUAUAAAUAAGACCCCAAUAAUUAAUGAAAGAUCAACUAAUGUUACCAAUAAUAGUAAUGGUUCAUUAAAUAAUUCACCAAUUUAUACUCCCGCUAAUUACAAUUAUAAUUCAAAUAAAUCAAGUCCAAAUUUACCUCCAAGCCCUCAUUCCCCACAAUAUAGUUACUAUUAUUAUCCAAAUCAAAAUUACUUACCAUAUAAUUAUAACUAUAAUUAUACUCAACCUAAUUAUAACUACAAUUCAACUAAUCAACCAAAUGGCUACUAUUAUUAUCCACAAAACAAUUAUUUAGUACCGGAAAUUAUAAAUAAACCAACUAAUAAAUGUCAUAGAUGUGGUACUACCGAAACUCCAGAAUGGAGAAGAGGUCCAAAUGGUGUAAGGACUUUAUGUAAUGCUUGUGGAUUAUUCCAUGCUAAAUUAGUUAAACGUAAAGGUGCUGCUAUUGCUGCUCAAGAAGUUUUAAAUCAUAAAGUUUGUAAAGGUAAAAAUGGUAGAAGAAUUGUUAUAAAGAAUCAGGCUUAA